AUAUAUACCCCACAAGGACAUCAAACUUGAUAUCAAACUUUACUUCUACAAUUAACAAACAAUUAGCAGAAAAAAUAGCUCCAACAUGCGUUUUGAGCCAUUGGGCCAGAAAAUGUUCACACGCCGCAACUGGCUGCUGCGCUGCAGCAUUUUGAUCAACGUGGCGGUGAUCCUGUACAUCGGCAGUCAGUUGAUGAUCGGCGGCGGCAACAACUUUACGAACGGCGGCGGUUUCCUGCUGCAGGACCAACAGCAGCUCCUCCAAGUGGGCUCCGCCUCGUCUGCGGCUCUGGUGCAGGCGCAACAGCCGCCACAACCACCCACGCCCAAGAAUCAGAAUCAGGUGGCGGAGAUCUUCGAGUCGGAGGAAAAGCAGCUGGUCAAUUCGAACGCUGACUCCCCAGCAGCAGCAGUUCCUCAGGCGGGCGAUGGCGCUGCUGCCGGAGCUCCGCAGUUGGCAAAUGACAGUGGUGGAGCCGCUGCCCUGAACGAUCCCGCCCAGGUGGUCGGAAACAUUGGUCCCGGCGGCAUUGCCGAGGCGAACAACACCCAGGCGGACGGUGGAUACAUAGUCACCGGCGACGAGAAGGAGCUGGAGGAGCGAGUGCGAUCGCUGAUCAACUGCUUCGACCACGACUACCACCAGCAGACGUUGCAGCGUGGCGACUUUUGGGUCCUGCAGAACUACGUGAGGGCGGAGCACGGCGACAUCAAGUGCCACGAGUCCAUCACCUACACAACGCAUGCGGACUACACGUUCCUGGACAAUUUGGUGCCGCUGCUGGAGCGCUGGAACGCCCCGGUCAGCAUCGCCAUGCACGCGCCGGGCACGGACUUCCAGCCCACGCUGGAUUCGAUCCGGUAUCUGCGGGACUGCCUGCCCGGCAGCCACCUGGUGCGCGCCUACACCACCUUCCACAUCUACUUCGGCACCAAGCACAUUCCCAAGUCGGUGCCCAAGCCGCAUGAGGUCUUCAAGACGGGCUACAACUGCACACUACCGCCUCCGUACUUCAACGUCAGCUCGGGCCACUUGUACAAGGCGCAAAAAAAGCUCCUCUAUCCGGUGAACGUGGGACGCAACAUUGCCCGCGAUUCGGCCCUCACCCACUUCAUCCUGGCCUCCGACAUUGAGCUAUACCCGAACCCCGGUCUGGUCAAGAAAUUCCUCGAGAUGAUUGCCCGCAACGAGCAGUACUUGAGACGGAAAGCACCCAGGGUAUUUCCAUUGGCCAUCUUCGAGGUGGAGGAGAACUCUCCGGUGCCCCACGACAAGACCGAACUGCAGGAGUUCCUGCGCACAGGCAAGGCCAUACCCUUUCAUAAACGGGUCUGCGCCAGCUGCCACGGAGUACCAAAGUCCAAGGAGUGGAUGUCUGCCAACGAGACAGAUGAACUUAGUGUUUUCCACAUAGGAAAGCGAACUGGUUACUAUGUGCAUUGGGAGCCGAUCUAUAUUGGAACUCAUUCCGAUCCCCACUACGAUGAGCGACUCAGCUGGGAGGGAAAGAGCGACAAGAUGCCUCAGGGCUAUGCGCUUUGCGUAAUGGACUACGAAUUCCACAUACUGGACAACGCAUUUUUGGUGCACAAACCGGGCAUCAAAGUGCUGAAGAAGGACAAUCGACGAGCCAUGCUGUCCGGCAAGACGAACCAGCUGAUACGGAAGAUCAUCUAUCCGGAACUGAAGAUCAUGUACGGCAUGCGCAAGGGAUGUGCGAUAUAGUAACUAAUUCUGAAACCGAGCUGAGCUGAGGCAAAGGCGAAAAGACUACAACCAACUUCACUAUUACUAUUUGCAAUGCUAUAGAUCGGUAGUGUUGACCCUACCGACUCCCAUUCCUUCUAUAGCAUUGGAUGCGCACUGCAAGUGUGCGUUUUACAAUUAGCUAGAGACUUAGCCCUAGGACUAAUAGAGCAUUACGUAGUUAGGCUUAGCUAUAGGUCGGGUCGUGUAACGCCAUGAGGACUUAUUGGGUUUUUCCGCGCGUUCUGGGUUAUCUUUUUCUACUCUGCAAAGCCUUGAGAGCAUGGCUUAAAUAGAUUUAACGUAGGUAAAUGUGGCUUUUGGGUAUCAUGCUAUGUUCCAUUUACCAGGCCAUUCUUAAGCUGGAAAUAGCAGCCAAAUCAGCCAAAGGUACUUUGAUAAAAAUUGUUCAAAACUCCACGCCUAGAAUUGAUCCACUUCCAUGAACUUUCUGUAAAUAAUAACACCCUUUGAACCACUUUUUGGACCUUCCUUGUCUCCAGCUCUCUGGCAAUCAACAACUGGAAACUUGAGAAAUAUAGGGAUUUCCAUCACUCAUAGGCAGUCAUUAUCAGUUACUUUUAGCCUAGGCCAUUAACUUAAGUUUAUCGAUAUUUAGCUGAAUUUUCCAUAUGCAUUCAUUUUUCAAAAUACUCAACAGAGGAAUUGAGAGCAACAUUAUUUUUGUAUUACCAGGGCGAGAUUCCCAAUUGACAUCGACAAAAAACAGCAGUCUUACCACUUUGUGUUUGUGUGUUUGCAUAAUAAAGCCAUAGAUUAAACAGUGUUUUCUUGGGCAAUGUAGACUUACUGCAAAGACCAAAACGUAGAUUAGACCGAUACCGGGCCAAAUAAAUUCCAGCGUUAAAUAUUUGACUUGAAUAGCAGAGUAGGAAUCAUUGAAUUGAAUCAAAUAGACUUCGAGAGUUAAAUCGUAAUAGUAAUAGAGAUAAAGUUAAAAGGCUAAAGACAAGUUUCAAAACAAACACAAUUACUAUUAAAAUUUAUACAAGAAAACCCACAUUGAGAAUUGAUUUGUUUACUUACCACACUGAAUGGUAGGCAAAGCAAUUGAUGCAAUUGAAGAUUACAUUUCAAUAGGCAUAAAUGCGAACCGUGAUAUUUGUACUAGUAAAGCGAUAUGGAGAUGUUAAACCUAAUUGAUAAGAAAUGAGGGGACGAUCAGAAAGGAUGAUUAGACACCCCAUAUGCAUUAAACUUAACGUAAAUUUAGUUUUGUAUAUGUUUUUUAUUAGUGUUGAACAUUAAGUCAAACUUGUGCACAUAUAAAUGUUAAAAACAAUAUUGAGAAAUCGAAUUCGCGAUUCGAUUUUGAGUGAAAUGCUGAAGGUUUUUGUUGCGUAGGCCUUAUCGAAAUAAAGAAAAAUAAUAGCAACUAAGAGGACGGUUUUAGAGAGUUGAAAAAAUAUUAGUACUUAGCUGAAAUACAGCAAAUUUUACGUAUGUUGUUGAAUAUUUAAUAAAAGUACAUUUUGAAAGUGACUUGGGAACAACAUACAACAUUUGGUGUUUGUAUUUAUUUCACACUUAGCGCAUAAGCUUCGAUUUGGCUAAGAUCCAGGUUAGCAAAUCAAGUCUUAGAUGUAUUCGCUCAAAAAUUGGUUUAAUUAAUAUUUUCCAUUAGUAAUACUAAAAUAUCAUUAAACCUAAUGCAAGUUGUUGAAAAUGUAGCUGAGAGCAGAAUUAAAAAUAUAAAUAGAAUACGACAAUUUGGAUAAAGAAUAUAUUUGUAUGAUGUAAUGUAAAGUGUAAAAGUGCCUUAGACAAAACGAAGAAUAUAAAUUAUUUUUAAGAACCAUUACAAAAAACAGCUGGAAAAUAUCCUCAGUUUCUUUUGAAUUGGCAACGCAUAAAGCAUAUUUUUGUAUGUAUAUAAAAAAAAUAAUAAAAGGCAAUGUAUUAAUCUUUGUAAGUACAUAAAUAGUUAAUUAAAAUGGAUUAUUUUUUAUAACUUCAAGUCGAUGUCACAAUUCCUAUUGAAUGAGUCUUCUUAAUGAUUUAUUGCCUGCCAAUGGUUUAAUUCCUUUUAUUUAACGAAAAGUACUUGUAUUUUUGUUCUUAUCUAAUUUUAUUAGGGGGUAUACCUAAUUUGACCAGAAAGAAGACCUUGAUCGCAAAAUUUUGACUUACACAUAUUGCAAGAACGCCUCAUAUGUCUAAAUAUAACUUUUGUAAUAAGUAGUUAAGUGCAAAUCUGCUGAGCAUGGACUACUAGUUAAAUCUAAGGAAAGCUACACAAAAAAUGAAAAAAUAAAAAUGAAUAUUAAAACAA